CUUCCCAAAGUUGCAAAACAUGGCUACCUUGCCUGCCGAGCCGAGUGCGGGGCCGGCGGCUGCAGCCGAGGAGGAGGAGGACGAGGACGAGGACGAGGCGCGCCAGCUCCUGCAGACUUUGCAAGCGGCCGAGGGUGAGGCGGCGGCGGCGGCAGCAGCCGGGGCCGGGGCGGGCGAAGCGACGGCGGGAACGGAGAACUCGGGGUCCCCAGGUAUCCCCGGAUCGUCCCCGCAGGAGGCCGCCGCCGCCGCUGAGCCGUCCACGGGCCUCCGCUUCUCGCCCGAGCAGGUGGCGUGCGUGUGCGAGGCGCUGCUCCAGGCGGGCCACGCCGGCCGCCUGAGCCGCUUCCUGGGCGCUCUGCCCCCGGCCGAGCGCCUACGUGGCAGCGAUCCGGUGGUGCGCGCGCGGGCCCUGGUGGCUUUCCAGCGGGGCGAGUACGCCGAGCUCUACCGGCUGCUCGAGAGCCGCCCGUUCCCCGCCGCGCACCACGCCUUCCUGCAGGACCUCUACCUGCGCGCGCGCUACCACGAGGCCGAGCGCGCCCGCGGCCGGGCGCUGGGCGCCGUGGACAAGUACCGGCUGCGGAAGAAGUUCCCGCUGCCCAAGACCAUCUGGGACGGCGAGGAGACGGUGUACUGCUUCAAGGAGCGCUCGCGCGCCGCGCUCAAGGCCUGCUACCGCGGCAACCGCUACCCCACGCCCGACGAGAAGCGCCGCCUGGCCGCGCUCACCGGCCUCUCGCUCACGCAGGUCAGCAACUGGUUCAAGAACCGGCGGCAGCGCGAUCGCACCGGGGCGGCCGGCGGCGCGCCCUGCAAAAGCGAGUCUGAUGGGAACCCCACCACCGAGGACGAAUCCAGCCGCAGUCCUGAGAACCCGGACAGGGGCGUGGCCCCCGCAGCCGCCGAGGCCCCCACCCAGAACUCCAUCUUCCUGACUGGGGCCAGCCCCCCCACUGCCGGCGCCCCCUCCUCCAUCUUGGUGAACGGGGGCUUCCUGGCGGCCGCGGCGGGCAGCUCUCCGGCCGUGCUCCUCAACGGCAGCCCGGUCAUCAUCAACAGCCUGGCCCUGGGUGAAGCCUCAGGCCUGGGCCCCCUGCUGCUCACCCCUCCCCCGCAGCCCAGUGCCCAGGGUGCCAGCCAGCCCAAGGCUGCCCUGGUCUUGGACCCUCAGACUGGAGAGGUUCGGCUGGAGGAACCCCAACCUGAAGCCCCCGAGACCAAAGGGGCUCAGGCGGCUGCUUCGGGACCAGCCGGAGAGGAGGCCCCGGGGUCCCUGCCCCAAGUGGUGCCCGGACCCCUCCCGGCUGCCACUUUCCCUCUGCCCCCAGGGCCGGUGCCCACCGUGGCUGCCCCCCAGGUAGUGCCACUCUCCCCAUCCCCCGGCUACCCUGCAAGCCUGGGCCCCACCUCUCAGCUGCUAAACCUGCCCCAGGUGGUGCCCACCUCCCAGGUGGUGACCCUGCCCCAGGCCGUGGGUCCGCUGCAGCUGCUGGCAGCCGGGCCUGGCAGCCCCGUGAAGGUGGCAGCCACAGCCGGCCCUGCCAACGUGCACCUCCUCAACUCCGGGGUGGGCGUCCCCACCCUGCAGCUUCCCACUGCCACGGCCCCAGGCAACUUCCUGCUGGCCAACCCUGUGUCCGGCAGCCCCAUCGUCACCGGGGUGGCCGUGCAGCAGGGCAAGAUCAUCCUCACUGCCACCUUCCCCACCAGCAUGCUGGUCUCCCAGGUCCUGCCCCUGAAGCCAGAGUCUGCCAUCUCCGUCCCCGAGGGAGCCCUCCCGGUGGCCCCCAGCCCAGCCCUCCCAGAGCCCCAUGCACUGGGCACACUAUCCCUGCAGGCCCCGCCGCCGCCGGGCACGGCCACCCCCGCCACCGCCACCACCACUGCCGGCCUGCCCUUCUCCCCAGACUCGGCCAGCCUUCUGCCUGGCUUCCCUGCACCCCCGCCGGAAGGGCUGAUGCUGUCGCCCGCUGCCGUGCCCACCGUGCCUACCGUGCCUGUGUGGCCGGCAGGGCUGGAGCUGAGCACGGGCGCCGAGGGGCUGCUGGACGCGGACAAGGGGCUGGGCACGGGUGCCCACCCUGUGCUCCGGAUGGCCGAGCCCGGCGCGCUGCUCCUGGGGGCCUCGGCAGGGGCUGAGGUGGAGGAGGGGAUGGAGGCCGAGGCCAAGGUGCUGACCCAGCUGCAGUCUGUGCCUGUGGAGGAGCCGCUGGAGCUGUGACCUGCUGGCCACCGUGGCUGCUCCUGACAAUGGUGCUCAAGACACGGGGACCCCCCCCAGAGACGCCCUGUCUCCAAGCAUGGAGGUGCAGGGUGGUGGGAACCCAUUAUGCUGGCCCCAGCUAUAUGGGGGAGCCUCCUGAAUUGAGGCUCUGCCUCCCCCCCCUCUACCUGGAACCAGCUGGGAAUGAAAGACCCUGCCUGAGGCUGCCUCUCCAGGCCUCGGAGCCCGGGCCUCCCGGACUCCAUUAAUAAUUCCACCGAUUGCCGGCAUUCUCAGAACUGCGUGGAACCUGCACACGGAAGACAGCUCCCGGCGGGAGAAAAGCUAGUCUGUGAGGUGGAAGGGGGGUUCACCCCACCCCUGCACCUGAACUCAAAUCUACAUCCUCACCUCUAGCCCCAGACCAAAGAUUUACUCUCAUCCCGGGGCACCCCUGACCGUGUCUAGUUUGUAUCCUAAAAUCUUUAUUUUUCUAGGUCCGUGUUAUGCUUCCAUCUCAA